UAAAAUUUUUCAUUUGGUUCUGUAAUUUGUGUGAAAGAAUAAUUAUCCGGUUUGAUGGUUAUUGAAAAGAAUCAUAAUUAUCAUGUUUGCGAAUGGAUAGUGCAUUUAGUUAUUCAUACCUAAAUGACAAGAAGAUGCAAGGUGCGGAUAUUCGUUACAACAUGAUGACUACCAGCAAUUUAUUUCGAGAGGCACAAGAUGAAGAAAUGGAACACAAAGUUAAAAAAGUUGCUGAAAAAAUAUCAGAGAGUAUGAAUGUAGUGGCCAAUGAACCAUCCUUAGCUUUUUUCCGCAUCCAGGAACAUGUUAGAAAGUCCCUCCCCCAGCUUGUGGAGCAAAAGCAUGAGGUUCUGGAAACGCAACAGAAGGUUCAGGGUGCAAGUUUUGACACAGAAUAUGCCACACACGCUGUCAAAAGUCUUCACAAGAGUAGUAUUCACUUUGAAAAUAUCCAAGACUUGUUGAAGAAUGCCAUGUUUAUGAAGCAACAGAUUGAUUACGAAGAAGACAGAAAAAAUCAGAGAAAAGCCCAGUCUAGCCUGUAUAUAGCUGCCCAUGAUGACAGUGAAGUAUCUGUGGCAAGAAAUUCCAAAGAAAUAUCUACAUCUAAAUCCGACAACCAUUUAGAUGACCAUAAUCUGACAUCACCUGGUAAAACUUCCAUCAACAGCACUGUGGUGGAUGGACAAGACAAAAAUCAAUCAUGACACUUUAUUCAUUUAGAUUUAAUUUAUUGGUUUUAUGUAUACACCAAAACAUUCACUGUUGUAAAAGAAAUAAUGUUGUAUAAUCCAUUACAUAAAGCUUUGUUAGAAUAUACCAAUAUUCCGUUUUUGUUUAACUUUGAAUUUAUUGUUUUAUGGCAGAAUCAAUCAGUUUCACUUCCUGGCAUGUUUACAAAUAUUUUUCUAAACUGGUGACCUCUGAGGUCAAUGCACAUCAGAGAUUCUGACCAGGAAUUGUACAUGUACUGUCAGGAAUACAAUAAUUCAUGAUUGGAUAUUUUCUGCUAAUUUGAUAGAUUUAUUGCUUCAGAUCCACCUGAUAUAGCAAUGAACUUUUAGUAAUAGUUACAUGAUGACAGGAGAUGAUGUAUACAAAAUAUUGUUGAUUUAUUGCAUACGAGAAGGCAGAUAUUUUGUAUACAUCAACAAGCUGUCAAUAAUGUAACUAAUUUAUCCCAUGACCUUGUCCCUCAUAUUUGGUAUUUUUUUGCAUCCAGUCAUAAAAAGAUUCAAAUUGCAACACAUGAUUUAUUCAACACUAUGGAAAUAGUGAUUUUAUUUUCAUAUUUAUUUAUUCUGCUAAGUCUGUCUUGAUUAAAUGUUGAAUCUUGUCCUUGUCUCAUUUGUGUUGCUCCUACUUCAUUUGUGAAAUGUUGCAUCAUACCUUUAUUCAUAAUUAAAUGUUUAAGAAGUAUAA